AUGGAGAUUUUCGCAACUAUAUUCAUCCACAUAGAUCCUGCAUCGUUUAAUGAAAUAGUUAAUUUUGAAUUACCUUUUAUGUUUGAUUCUAUGCUUGAAAAUGCAGCUUUACUUCAUUUACCCCAAUUCUUCCUAGCCAGUGAGAUAACUUCUGCAAAUUUUUCAGGUAUAUUAAUAUCAUUUUUGAAGUCAAAAUUAGACCAAUUAGACAAAGUUGAAUUAGCGAAAUCCAACAUAUUGAUUAGAUUAUUUAAACUAUGCUUCAUGUCUGUGAAUUUAUUUCCUACUGCCAACGAAGGUGUUAUAUUACCACAUUUAAACUAUUUAAUUUUAGAAUCAUUGAAAUUGGCGACGAAAGCUGAAGAACCAAUUGUGUAUUCGUAUUUGGUUAGAAUAUUAUUCAGAAGUAUCAGUGGUGGUAGAUUUGAAAACUUAUACAAGGAGAUAAUGCCUAUAUUACCGGUUUUACUAGAAAGCUUGAAUAAGAUGAUUGCUAAUUCUCGUCGACCUUACGAACGUGAUAUAUAUGUUGAAUUGUGUUUGACUGUACCAGUACGUCUUUCAGUUUUAGUUCCACAUUUAAAUUAUCUUACAAGACCAUUGGUUUAUGCACUUAAUGGAUCGCAGGAGUUAGUAAGCCAAGGUUUACGUACAUUUGAAUUGUGCGUUGAUAACUUGACAGCUGAAUAUUUUGAUCCUAUAAUCGAACCAGUGAUUGAUGAGAUUAUGGCUGCAUUGUGGAAACAUUUGGAACCAGUACCAUAUCAUCAUCAACACUCUCACACUGCUAUCAGAAUUUUGGGUAAGCUAGGAGGAAGAAAUCACAAGAAUUUUAAACCAUGUAAUAGUUUGAUUACUCAAUCAGAGUUGGAUCAAGAAAUAAAGGCACUCUUUAAAAUUUACGGAUUAAAGGGUGAAGUACCAGUUUCAAUAACACCUGGCGUGGAAUCUGCGAUAAAAUUAUUAGAGGAUCCAAGGUUAAAAGUUCAUUAUCGUAUAAGUGCUUUUAAGUAUUUGUCUGGAAUCUUGAAGUUAUUCAUUGAUACAACACCAAUCCCAGAAGACUAUUCUAUGUAUGUUUCUGAGUGUGUCGAGAAUUUAAAGCUGGAAAAAAUAGAACAAACGAUGGAAUUAGAAGAAUCAGGUAUAAAGGAUGGUGCUAAAUUAGAUCGUCAUCAAAAAUUAUUUUCCAGAUUGCUAGAAAUCCUUUUCUUUUCGGUUUCAAUUCCAGACCUUAAAGAAGAGGCAAGUGAAUUAAUAGAUGGUCUUACCACUCACUUUACUUUAAUCUAUUUAGGUACAUCAGUGAUAGAUAAAGUGAAGAAAGAACGUGCAUUCAGCGUUAAUGAUAAUGAAGGAAAAGCAUAUAUUAAUGAGACAGCAUUCUUAAACGCUUUAAAUUAUGCUUUAAGUUUCUGGGAUAAGGAUGUUAGAAAAAAGGGGAUAGAAGCUAUUAAAAAUAUUUAUACGACAACUGUAACAAUUUUUGGCUCAGAUGAAAAUGCCUUAUGUUCACCAAUAUUUCGUUCAAUGUUUUAUAGAUUUACUCAUUGCUGUUACAAUGAAUUUUAUCAUGCCAAACUUGGGGGGAUUUUGGGUCUCAGAACCAUGUUUGAGGAUUUAGGUAUCCCUGCGAAGUGGUUCUUCAAACGCCAAUUUGAAUUAGUGCGUUCAAUUUUCUUCAUUUUGAGGGACACACCAGAGACGGCAUCUUAUGAAGUACACGAUUUGGCAAAGAAUUUAGUUUUGAAGCUUUUACAUGAUUGCAAUGUCGAUGUCCCCAAGGAAACAAUUCUAGAAAAACCAUUCCAAACUCUAGUUGGAGCUUUAGUAUAUGAUUUGGCUAGUGCAAAUCCGCUUGUGAGAGAAGUAUCUCAAUCUUCCUUAAAGGUAUUAUCUGAAACUACAUCUGUGUCAAUUGCUUCCAUAAUGGGACCCUGCAAGCAAUUAUUGUUAACUCCUAUUUUCGGUAAGCCAUUAAGAGCUUUACCGUUUCCAAUGCAAAUUGGUAACAUAGAUGCAAUAACAUUCUGCUUGGGCCUUGAUGAUACAUUCUUGACUUUCAACGAUGAGUUGAACAGACUUCUUCUUGAAGCCUUAGCUUUGGUCGAUGCGGAAGACGAAUCGCUUGCCAAUGUACAUCGUCUUUAUGAAUAUAGAACCUCAAAACAACUUAUAGAACUACGUGUUGUGUCUAUAAAAUUACUUUCCUUAGCGUUGACGAAGCCAGACUUCUCUUUGGGCUCUUUAGCUGAAGCAAGGAUUCGUAUAUUGGGUGUCUUUUUCAAGGCGCUUUGCAAUAAAUCAACGGAAAUUAUUAAUGCAGCACACUUAGGAUUGAAGUCGAGUCUCCAGGAAAAUGCUAAGUUACCAAAAGAAUUAUUACAAAAUGGUCUUCGUCCUAUGCUUAUGAAUUUAUCAGAUCAUAAGAAAUUAACUGUAUCUGGACUUGAGGCCCUCGCGCGUUUAUUAGAGCUUUUAAUUUCAUACUUCAGGGUUGAAAUUGGCCGUAAAUUGUUAGAUCACUUAAUGGCAUGGGCUCAAAUAAAUACAUUAAGACAACUAGCAGGCCAAGAUUUAGAAAACAACCAUACUGUUCAGAUUGUAAUAGCCAUUUUAAACAUCUUCCAUUUAUUACCAGCCAAAGCAUACACUUUCAUGGAAGAAAUUAUAAGUACUUUACAAUAUUUAGAGGGUCAUUUAGACCGUCAUCAAAUAUCACCUUUUAGAAUUCCAGUUUCCAAGUUUUUGAACAGGUUUUCAGAAAAUUGUUUAGAAUAUUAUAUGCAAAAUUACAAGAACAGGAAAUUAGGUAAUAUGCUAGCAUAUUUUGCUGGAUUGGAAGACUGUACAAAAAUUAGAGAUACAGCAAAAGAAAAAUUUAAUGAUAUUCUCAAGGACCUUGAAGAAGAACCGUCGGAAGAAAUAAAGGUUAUAAAAUUUGCAAACACUGUUGAUCUUCUUAAAGCUCUUUCAGAUUUUGAGCUUGAAUGGUUUGAUGAACAAAAAGAUCUCUUACUUACUGUUUCUUCUAUGGUGGAAAGAAUUGUGGAAAUUAAGAACCAAUCUCCAUUGAUAUCUUCUACACAUUUCCAAGGUGAUCAAGCUAUUUCAAAACUCCAGGGUAUAGUGGUUCAUUACUUGAAAAGGAAUGCGAAAGAGGUUGAUAUGACAUUCACUGUUAUUGAUCGUUUGUCGUCCUUAAAGGUUAGAGUACCUCCACAAUUAGAAGAGUUUAUUUUUGAUACUAUUGUCUGUUCCAAAGAUGUUGGGCACAGAGAAACAUACUUAAACAAAUGUAUUGAAUUUGUCAAUCAUGCAGAUCAUAGCUUGAAGAGCAAAAUAUUUUUCUUGAAGAAGGUCUUCAACGCAAUUAUCAUAUAUGAAGCCGAGAAAGUAGGUAAUGUGGAUGCUUUUUUUGAAAACAAUAAGACACCUCAAUGGUUAGAAGACGUCUGUAACAAAAUUUGGAGAUCAACCAACGACAUAAUAACUGAUCACACAUCAGGUAGCAUGGAUAGUUAUAGGUUCGAAUUACUUGAAAUGACUUCAAUUCUUCUCAAAUGGGCUCCUAGUUUUAUCGGUGAGUACCGUAAAGAUAUCAUUAAAUUCAGUUGGAAUUACAUCAAAUUGGAAGAUAAUAUUACCAAGCAAGUGGCCUAUGUCACAACAUCUUACUUUAUUGCAGCUUAUGAAACACCAUCGAAAUUGGCUACUCAGGUAUUUGUUGCUCUUCUCCGUACGCAUCAGACCGACUCAAGACAUCUUGUGAGACAGGCGCUUGACAUACUUGCUCCAGUAAUGCCAGAUCGUAUGGAUGCUGUUGAAUCACCUAUUAGCUGGCUCAAAUGGCCUCGUCGUGUAAUUUCAGAAGAUGGCUUUAAUGUCACACAGGUGCUCAAUGUUUACCAAUUUAUUGUACAACACCCAGAUUUAUUUUUCAUAGCCCGUGAACAUUUCAUUUCCAAUAUCAUUACAGCUAUGGGUAAAUUGACUAUCUUGGCAAAUCCUGCAAUAGAAAACCAAGUUCUAGCUAUUGACUUAGCUGAACUAAUUUUGAAAUGGGAAGCAAAAGCGAAGGAACAAAAAGCGGAAACUCAAAUUGAUGGUCCUGAAUCUGCCAAACAAAACUCAGAGAAUGCAACAGAUUUUACUACAUCGGCUAAUUAUAGCAUUCCGUUUGGCCAAAGAGAAGCAUGUGUUACUUUCUUGAUUAGAUACGUUUGUAUCAGCCCUCAAAGAGCAUCGGAAAGUGAACUAGGCCAAAAAGCAUUAGGGAUUUUAUAUGAUCUAUUAAGUCCUGACCACUGGCCAGAAGUGUCCGUAAAAUUAACAUUCUUUGAAAAGUUUUUAUUAUCCAAUGACUUAAAUUCUUCGAACUUAUUUGGAUAUUGUUUGAAUGCGUUGGAAGUGUUGAGCGUGGUAUUAGAAUGGAAGAAACCAGAAUGGAUAGUAUCGAAUCUUGCAUAUAUUCAUAAACUUCUUGAAAAGUGUAUUAAGUCUGAUAAUCACGAUAUUCAAGAAGUUUUGCAAUGUGUUCUUAGAAUCAUUCUUCAAGCUGUUAAUAAUCAAAAGAAGUCCGAUUCAGAAGAAGACGAGGAGGAUGAAGUCAAGGAAUUUAUUUCGUUAUUGACAACUACUGUCUCUGAAGACUUGGGCGAUAUGCCAUCAGUCGCUGCUGGUGUCACAUUAUCUUGGACAUUGGCAAACUACAGACCGUCUACCUUGGAUUCGCUUUUGCCUCUGAUUAUGAGAACUUUUAGUAAACUUUGCAAGGAUCACAUUACAAUUACUCAUCAAGGAUCACAAACAUCAAGCAAAGAUGGCUCCAAUUCAGAAUAUGAAGCGAAGAUGACUACUAGAUUAUUAGAAAAGAUUCUUAACUUAUCAUCAAUGAGGAUAUCUAAUCUUGGUGAUCAGAGAAGAAUUUUCUUGUCUUUAUUAGCACAGUUGAUUGAGCGUUCUCUAGAUAAGGAUACUCUUGAAAAGAUCAUAAAGAUUGUCAAAAACUGGGUAUUUUCUAGAACUGAUCUUUUCCCUACUACCAAAGAAAAGGCAGCAAUUCUAGCCAAGAUGAUGGUUUUCGAAAUUAGAGGUGAGCCAUCAUUAUCCAAAGAAUUUUACCAAAUAAUCGUAGAUAUAUUUGAAGAUGAUACUUUUAGUUGUACAGAAUUGACGGUUCGUAUGGAGCAACCAUUUUUGGUUGGAACUCGUUCCGCAGAUGUUUCUAUACGUCGUAAACUUAUGUCAAUCUUAAACAAUAGUUUGGAAAAAGAUAUCAGUAAAAGAUUAUAUUAUGUUAUCCGUGAACAAAACUGGGAAUAUUUAGCCGAUUACCCUUGGUUAAACCAAGCAUUGCAAUUACUUUAUGGUUCUUUUGAUUUUGAUAAGAAUAUUACGCUCAUUGAAGAUGAAAAUAAGCUUCCUCCUUUGACAUGCUUCCCUUAUGUACAUAAUGACAAUAUGGAAGUUGAAUCCGAAAAAGAAUCGUUAGAGAAAUUAUUUAAGAAGCAUAAUGAAUUUUUAGAUAAAAUUUCCGAUGUCAGGGCGGGUGCUAUCCUUGAGCCGUUAAUUGAUAUGUUUUACCAAAGUAGUGAAACAAUUCAUCGUACUUGGUCAAGUAUUUUCCCAAUCGCACUCAAGUCUAUACCGCCUUCCGAACACUUAGACUUUACUCGUUUUAUGGUUAUCUUAUUAUCAAAAGAUUACCAUACCCGUCAAAUUGAUAGCAGACCUAAUGUCGUUCAAUCAUUAUUGGAAGGGGUUGCAAGAAGUGAGAAACUCCAAUUGCCACCUUUCGCUGUCGAAUGUCUUGCCUCGAACUUUGAUGCUUGGUCUCAAGGUAUUCAUAUACUUGAAAAUAUUGAACAGCAAUCAAUUAAUGGUAAUGCUGAUGUGCGUGAAGUUACUCAGGAUGCGCUUUCAAAGUUAUAUGCGACUUUGAAGGAAGAUGAUAUGUUCUAUGGUUUAUGGAGAAGAAGAGCCAAAUAUUCAGAGACAAUCAGCGCGUUAUCGUUUGAACAGAUUGGUCUUUGGGAUAAAGCUCAGCAAUUAUAUGAGACCGCUCAGAUUAAAGCCCGUAGUGGUGCAUUGCCAUAUGGUGAAUCAGAAUAUUCUCUUUGGGAAGAUCAUUGGAUACUAUGCGCUGAAAAGUUGCAACACUGGGAUAUUCUUACUGAACUUGCAAAGCAUGAAGGGUUUUCGGACCUUCUCCUUGAAUGUGGUUGGAGAGUAGCUGAUUGGAAUACAGACAGGGAAACCCUUGAUCAAACAGUGAAAAGUGUGAUGGAUGUUCCAACUCCUCGUCGUCAAGUAUUCGAAACAUUCCUCUGUUUGCAAGGUUUUGGACAGGAAAAGGAAACAUUGCAAGAUUUGUCUAGGUUGUGCGAUGAAGGUAUUCAAUUGGCUUUAAGGAAAUGGCAUGGCUUACCUCAAAGGUUUAAUAAUGCCCAUAUUCCAUUGUUGCACACAUUUCAACAGUAUGUUGAAUUUAUGGAGGCCAGUCAGGUUUAUGCUAGUCUUGUUUCUACUAAUGCACAAAAUCUAGACGUCAAAUCACAAGAGCUUAAGCGAGUUUUGCAAGUUUGGCGUGAAAGAUUACCUAAUACAUGGGACGAUAUAAAUAUAUGGAAUGACCUUGUUACUUGGCGUCAACAUGCUUUCCAGGUAAUCAAUAAAGUUUAUAUGCCAUUCAUUCCAAUUUUGCAGCAAUCCAAUUCUGGAGGAAAUGCAAAUUCUUAUGCUUAUCGUGGAUUCCACGAAAUUGCGUGGGUAAUCAAUCGAUUUGCACAUGUUGCAAGGAAACAUGGUAUGUCUGACGUUUGUAUUAAUCAGCUUACUAAGAUUUAUCAAUUACCAAAUAUUGAAAUUCAAGAAGCAUUUUUAAAGCUUAAAGAACAAGUAAAAUGCCAUUAUCAAAAUCCUAAUGAAUUGAAUACUGGUUUAGAUGUGAUCAGUAAUACCAACUUAGUAUACUUUGCUACUCAACAAAAGGCGGAAUUUUUCACAUUAAAGGGUAUGUUCUUGAAUAAAUUAAAUCAAAAAGACGAAGCCAAUAAAGCAUUUGCAACUUCUGUUCAAAUUGACCUUAACUUGCCUAAGGCAUGGGCAGAAUGGGGUAUGUUUAACGAUCGUCGUUUCAAGGAGAAUCCGAAUGAUAUGGUUUAUGCAAAUAAUGCAAUAAGUUGUUACUUGCAGGCUGCUGGUCUUUACAAGAAUGGCAAAACCAGAAAGCUACUUGCACGUAUUCUUUGGCUUAUUAGUUUGGAUGAUUCGUCAGGCACUCUUGCACAGGCAUUUGAUAAUUUCCGUGGUGAAGUUCCUGUUUGGUAUUGGAUAACUUUUAUUCCUCAAUUGCUCACAUCAUUGUCUCAUAAAGAGGCGAGACUAGUUAGACAAAUUCUCAUUAGGAUUGCAAAGAGUUAUCCACAAGCGUUACAUUUCCAACUUCGGACAACUAAAGAGGAUUUUGCUGCCAAGCAACGUCAAUUUAUGGAGCUCUCUCGUCAGAACGCAAAUGGUAAUUCGAACGAAGCUAAUAAUUCGACUAAAGAAAGCUCAAAGGAAGAGAAGCAAACUGUCGAAGAAAACGAGUCGUCUGUUGCUCCAAACGACGAAAACAAAGCUUCUGCAGGUGAUGGUUCUCCUACAACUUCAGGCGAACAACCUAAGAGCACCCCUUCUGUACCUCCUGGCUCAACUGGUGCUCGCCAAUCAUGGGAGCAUGUAGAAGAGAUAAUGGGUAUUUUAAAAACAGCAUAUCCACUAUUAGCACUUUCAUUAGAGUCUUUAGUUGAUCAAAUCAAUCAAAGGUUCAAAUGUACCGCAGAUGAAGAUGCGUACAGACUUGGUGUUGCAUUACUUAAUGAUGGAGUCCAGUAUCUUAACCGUCUCGGAAACCCAAGAGAUGAUGCUAAGUUGCCCCCAGUGACGGAAGCAAACAUCACUAGAUUCGCAGAAACUGUUCUACCAAAGCAGAUUAGAGCAGAAUUUGAAAAAGAUCUCGUAAUUGGAAAGCCUAAUUUGGAAACAUAUAUCAUGAAAUUACGUAAAUGGCGUGAUCGUUUGGAAGAUAAACUUGAUAGAAGAUUUUCAGAAGUUAAUCUCGAAAACCUUUGUCCUCAUUUGAGUGAAUUCCACCAUCAAAAAUUUGAAGAUAUCGAGGUUCCUGGCCAGUACUUGUUGAAUAAGGAUAAUAACACUCACUUUGUCAAGAUUGAAAGAUUCCUUCCUACUAUUGAUUUAGCUCGUGGAACUAAUGCCUGUCAUAAGAGAUUAAAGAUACGUGGAUAUGACGGUAGUUUGCAUACAUUUGCGGUUCAAUUUCCUGCUGCUCGUCAUUGUCGUCGUGAGGAAUGCAUAUUUCAAUUAUUCCGUCUCUUUGGCGAUACCCUUUCAAGAAAAGUUGAGACACGUCGCAGGAAUAUAUUAUUUACUUUACCUGUUGCUGUUCCAUUAUCUCCUCAUAUUCGUAUAAUUAAUGAUGAUUCUAGAGACAUUACCAUGCAAAAGAUAUAUGAAGAUUUCUGUUCUCGUAAUGGAAAGAGCCGUGACGAGCCAUUUGUUUACACAAUUGAAAAAUUACGUGCAGCUUUUGAUCCUCGUUUACCAAAGCCUGAUAUUAUGAGUAUCAGAGUAGAAAUAUUGAGUGCAAUUCAAUCAUUAUUGGUUCCAUCUACCGUUUUGAAGAAUUAUUUUGUUGAUCUUUACCCUCAAUUCGAGGACUUCUGGUUAUUCCGUAAGCAAUUUACAUCCCAAUAUGCUUCGUUUAUUUUCACUACUUAUAUGAUGUGUGUUAACACUAGACAGCCUCAAAAGAUACAUGUCAACAAGGGUUCUGGUAAUGUGUGGACUUCUGAUAUGUUACCUUGUAAAAUUGCUAGUAAGAAUGCAUCAUUAGAUGGUUCUCAAGGUGGUAGACCUGCGCCAUUAUUUUAUAAUGCAGAAAUGGUACCUUUCCGUUUAACGCCUAAUAUCCAAAAAUUGAUUGGCGAAACAGGAUUAGAAGGUAUAUUAUCUGUGUACUUAUUGGCUAUAGCUAGGGCCAUUACUGAGCCUGAGUCAGAUUUGGAACAAUACUUAACGUUAUUCGUUAGAGAUGAAGUAAUCUCUUGGUGUACUCAACAAGAUCCUCCUCGCCCAAUUCCUCAGGAUAGUCAAUUGCGAGAAAUUGUCCGUGUUAAUGUGGAUCUUGUCAUUAAACGUGUUUUAUCAAUGGGUCACAUUUCCUCUGGUCCAACAAUUAGCACCCAAAACGUCUUGGAGCUAAUUUCCCAAGCAGUCAAUCCUCGAAAUUUGGCGGCUGCAGAUACUUUAUGGAUGGCUUACUUCUGA